AUGGCGUCCGCCGUUCUCCCAGCUUGUGCGACCCCAUACCGGUCCUCUUACUCCCAUCGGUAUCAUCCCAACCUAAUGGACAUGGAUGUUGAAAUGGACAGCUAUGGAUCCUACCAACGCUUCCUCUCUUCUUCUCCGAGUCGACGGUCCUUGAACCGUCAGCGCUCUACGUCUUUCCCCUCCGUCUACUAUUCGGGUUCGCCGGAGCAUCAUCCCGUCGAGCCCCGACGGAGGAAGGAGAGCUCCACCUCUCAGUAUAGUUCUCGGCGCCAUCGCCAUGGCAGCCCGUCGAACCCCCAGCCGGCCAGAUACUCGAGAAACUCGAUGCUGGUCAAUCCGGACGUUAUUGAUCGUCUGGACAGCGCGAGUCUCUGCCAAUAUCAUCACGAGGGGCCCUACGAUGCUGUCUAUGCGGAGAGAAACUACCACACCAAGCAGAGCCCCGUUGAGGCAGUCAAAAAUUCUACUGCCGAGACCUUGAAGGCGACUCCGAAAGAUAAAAUUAGGGACUGCAUCGAUAGUCACCGUCCUCUGGACGGUGUGGCUUAUUACCCUCCAGGUCACACAGACAUGGAGGGGCGCACCUACGAAUACGAGGAGGGGCCGAACAUGAUGAACGACUAUGGAAACUUUAUGCGUUGUCCCGGUCAAAAAUUCACCGAUGAGGAUUUCAAAAAGGACCCCUUUUACAAUACACCCCACCCCAAGCCAUUCGCCUCGCUCCGGAAGGCGCUCAGUAUCCGUCGUCGCAAGCGCAGCGGAACUUCUUAA